CCCGUAUUGUCGUAAAGAAACGAUGUUGCAGUCGUCGUCGUCUGCAGUGUGUGGAGACUGUGGCGAGUCAGAACCCGGCUGGGCGUCAAUCAACCGCGGAGUUUUCGUCUGCGACGAAUGCUGCAGCAUUCAUCGCCUCCUCGGCCGCCACAUUUCCGAAAUCCGCUCGAUCACGCAUGGACUGUGGCCUCCGACGCUGCUCGAGAUGGUCAUGACUCUGGUCAGCAAGGGGGCGAAUUUCGUAUGGGAGCAUUUGCUGCUCGACGGCAGUCACGGGAAAAUCGGAAAGCGCAAACCGAAGGCUCAUCAUCCAGUGCACCCGAACAAGUAUGACUUCGUCACGGCUAAGUACAAGCAGUUGGCGUUUGUGCAUAGACAGUCUGGGAAGGAUCACGAUCAGACGUUUCUCGAGGAUUUGAGUCAGCAACUGCAUGCAAGUGUGAGGACAGGAAACCUAGAGACAUGUCUUCGCCUGUUGUCACUUGGAGCACAAGUGAACUUCUUUCAUUCAGAACGUGGCAAUACUCCACUACAUGUAGCAGCAUCGGCUGGUCAACCAUUACAAGUGGAGCUUCUGAUUGUGUAUGGUGCUAAUCCAUGUGCACUGGAUAGCAGAGGACACACUCCUGUUGAAUGUGCAAGGAUUGCUGGCUACCACGAGUUGGCAGACAGACUGAUUGAUUGUCAGUAUGAACUAACAGACAGAUUGGCCUUCUAUUUGUGUGGCAGAAAGCCCGAUCACAGCAGUGGCGAGCACUACAUCAUUCCUUCUGUAAGAGAAGGGGUUGAUGUGUCUGCGACUGCCGUUGCUGCCAGACAAAAACUACACGCUCUAACCAAUUCACAGUUUGAGAGACUUUCGUCUGAUGUGUACGAUGAAGUGGAUCGUCGAGAAACAGAUGCUAUCUGGCUGGCUACACAGAAUCAUAGUAAAUUGGUGUCAGACCAUCAUAUCAUGCCAUUUCUUCCUGUCAACCCAGCAUUGUCGUCGACACACAACCAGGGUCGUCAGAAACUGGCAACAUUUAGUAAAUCGGAGUUUGCUGAGCUGCUGAUUGAUAUUCUGACUGAUGCCAAGAGACGACAAAUGGAGAGUCAAGAGAAAGGGACAUUAGAUGGCACGGUUGUUCCAAUGGACAUUGCUGUAAGGAAAGAGGAUGUUGAUGAUGAAGACAAUGACUAUGAUGAAGUCUAUAUUGAAGAAACAAAGGAGUCUCGUCACAAUAGCAAGGCAGAGGCCAAUGCAUUGGCACGACUAGCUGCAGCUGUGAAUGGUGAGGAUAGCCACAGUUCUGCUACUGCUGAAACGUCAGACAGGUUGAUUGAGAAAGAAUCGAAACAGCUUGUUAAACAGACAGCAACUGUAAGUGAUGUUGCUAUUGAGACGAGAUCUGAGAUAUCAAAGAAUGAGAAGACAGAAGAAGUGCGACAAGAGAGGGAAGAUGUAGUUUUGAUAAAUAACCAUGUGCAAGAAGCUUCACCUAGUCCUUCUGCACACUAUGAUACUGUUCCAGCUGCAAAACAUGCAGAAGUGCUUCAAAAGCUGGAUACAGCUCAGUUUCGAAUUGAACAGCUAACGAAAGUGAAUGAAAGCAUGGGGGAAGAAAUAAGGCUUCUUCAGUCGAUGUUUCAGCGUCUGAUGGCUGAAAACUCUAUGUUGCGUCAACUACAAGGAAAAACUAUUUCUGGGUCAUCGACUGCACCGUCUCGCCUAAUGCGAGCUACAACUGCCCCAGUGGGAGAAUUGGGAUUAAAGCAGAAAGUGACAAGUGUGAGGUCAGAUACAACCAAAGAACGGUCAGAACAUGUGAGUGAUGGAAGAAAGAAAGACACAGUAGAGAAAGAUGAAGUUGAUGGUGGAUUGUCGUUGGAUGGAGACAGUAAAGAACAGUCAGAAAAACAGCAAUCAGAAAUUGAUCUUCGUAAAGACAAGCAUAAGCCAAUGGUUGAGAAACAGCAAGAAUCUGUACAGUCAUGUGACCUGCCACCAGCUUUACCGGUCAAAAAGAAACGUUCUCGUGUGUUAAGUGUAGACACGCUUCCUCCUUCUCUGUCUCCAGUAUCCCUUCGUGCUGUUCAACAACAGAAAGAACAAAAUCGUUUGUCGUUGUCAGGAUUAUCUAACGUGUUUCACUCAGUAGCGCGACAAUAUUCAUUGCCUGCUGUUGCACCAUCACUAAAGACUGCUGUUGAUUCUGUCAUUCCACAGACAGAGAAAAUCACCAAACGCAUACAAGAACUACUCAUGGCCGCACAGCAUGGACAUCCAGCGAACUUUGUUCCUUGCUCUCGGAGAAUCUCAUCAUCAGUAAAUGAUAUGGCCUCACUCUUUCCUCAGCGACCUGAGUCUGAACCGGUGCGUGCAGCUCUGAGAUUGCUCGUCUCUAGUGCGACUCGACUGCAGCAGGAAUGCAAAGAUGUCCACAACGCUACCGUUUCGUCUGCUGGUUUAGAAGAAACUCCCGACGUGGCAUGCUUGACUCAGCAGGUCAUCCAGUCUGCGUAUGACAUCGCAAAGGCAGCCAAGCAACUCGUCACUCAUUCUCCUGAGCUUCAAUAGGUUCGAGUUGCUGCUCAUCGUUAUUGACAUUUUAUUUGAUUGAUUUGUUAGAAUCCGAUUGAUGCAGUUACGUAUAUUGCUAAUAUACAUCUAUUAUCAGACAUCGUUAUGUGUUGUUAGAGUUAGAUUCUCGAUGCCUGGUGCAUAUUUUUGCUGAAUAAAUAAAUUGCAACUAAGA